UUGGCUGAAUAUAUUCAAUUAAUGGCAAAUAGCAACAAAAGAGAUGAACCAUUAACAGCUCCGCCGGUCGAUCGAUGGUUUGACCUAUCCCUAGGUUCCUCUUUUCAAGACAAUCCUUCUUCCAAAUUCUGUACUCUUCGCUAUGAAUUUAAGCCUGCAUCUAUCGAUAAGAACCAACCUGGGAAAUUGCAUAAGACCAAGGAUAAUAAGGUGGCUGUCGAAUUUCAGAAUAACCAACCAGGGAAACCCAAAGUGAGUUUUGAAGGCAGUAGUGAGGAUUACAAAGAUAAUGAUGCAGUUUUGUUCUUUGAUGGAUCGAGUUUUAGGUUGGAGCGACUGCAUAGAUCGGUGAAGCGUUUGAGGCAUGUUCGGCAACCUGGUGAGUCUGCAGCCGUGGCUGCAGCCACUUUACCUGGGACGGCACCUGAGUCUAGUUCGCCACCACUUGGGAAAGGAUCUAAACUUCAGUCUUCAAAUAAGAGCUUACUUCCUCCAUCAGUCGAAGUUGAACGGAUUGAAAUCGGCAACUUCAAAGGCUACGAUGGGAAAGCCAGAGAAGAGAAGGUUGUCGAUAAUCCAUCUAUCCCACCUUCAAAUUCAUUCUAUGCAUCACCAGAUCCCAAAAACGACGACGAUGAUCUGGAUGAACAGCUCGACAUACUCAACGAUGAUGAUGAUGAUGAUGAAAUCGACAUUGGUCGAGCUGAUAACACCGAGUCAGCACCAGAAAGACAACCAUUCACCGGCAUCGAUAUCAAUAUCCCACAUCAAAAUGAAACCGAUGACGAGAUUGCAGAGGUUGAUGUGAGUGAUGACGAAGGGAAUAAGGGUCCAAAUGCUGCAGAAGCCCUCCGAGCACAGGUGAAUGCAGAAGAAAGAAAAGAACGGUCUUCGAGCUCGAGUGAUAGUAGCGGAAGCAGCAGCGGAAGCGGGAGCGGGAGCAGCAGCAGCAGCAGCAGCAGUGGUGAUAGCAGCGAUGGUGAUGGUGACUCCGUCAGCUCUAUCUAAGUAAGGUCUAAAGUAUUCAGUUCAUGUAACCUUAAUUACCAAUAAUACUAGCAACAUAGAGCCCCAAAACAAUUUAAGUAAUCUUGUUGUCUGCAACUUCUUUCAUUACAAAAUUUUGUGUAUCACAAAGCCGAAACACAACGAAAAUGCUUCUUAUAGCAAAAUCGGCUUUAUAGGAUGUCAAAUAUAUCUAAAUGUCAUAAUAAAUUGUUUUAUAGGAUUUAAAUUUAAGAACCAAUCAGUUGUACGAUAGGACCCACAUGAAAAACUUAGCUUGUAACUGCUUGGACAUCAUGUUGUAACCGCUUUAAAUAUGACGCAUAAUUGUUUGGUCC